CGCCUCUACGCGCGCGCACGCCCGUCCGCCCGCCGCGGCCCCGCGCACUCCGCCGCUUCGCCCGUCGCGCCGCGCAGGCAGCCGCUCGCCGAGCCCGCGGCCGGGGCCCUGGCGUGCAGCGCGGGCCUCGGAGGGGCCCAGCGCCCCGGCCCGGGAGGAUGCGGCCCGGGGCGGCCCGGGAGCUGAGCAGGGUCCCCGCGCCGGCCCCCGCGGGCCCCGGCUUCCAGAGCCGCAGCCGCCGCCCCGCCCCCGGGAGACAUGACUUCCAAGCCGCAUUCCGACUGGAUUCCCUACAGUGUCUUAGAUGAUGAGGGCAGCAACCUGAGGCAGCAGAAGCUUGACCGGCAGCGGGCCCUGCUGGAGCAGAAGCAGAAGAAGAAGCGUCAGGAACCCCUGAUGGUGCAGGCCAAUGCGGAUGGGCGGCCCCGGAGCCGGCGGGCCCGGCAGUCGGAGGAGCAGGCCCCCCUGGUGGAGUCCUACCUCAGCAGCAGUGGCAGCACCAGCUACCAAGUUCAAGAGGCCGACCCAGUUACCAGUGCACAGCUGGGAGCUGCCCGCCCAACAGCACCAGCCUCAGCCAAGAGAACCAAGGCAGCCGCAGCAGCAGGAGGCCAGGGCGGGGCCUCUAGGAAGGAGAAGAAGGGGAAGCACAAAGGCACCAGCGGGCCAGCAGCACUGGCAGAAGACAAGUGUGAGGCCCGAGGCCCGGUGCAGAUCCUGACUGUGGGCCAGUCAGACCACGCCCAGGACGCAGGGGAGACGGCAGCUGGUGGGGGCGCACAGCCCAGCGGGCAGGACCUCCGUGCCACGAUGCAGAGGAAGGGUGUCUCUAGCAGCAUGAGCUUUGAAGAGGAAGAGGAGGAUGAGGACGAGAAUAGCUCCAGUUCUUCCCAGCUAAACAGCAACACCCGCCCCAGCUCUGCUACCAGCAGGAAGUCUGUCAGGGAGGCAGCCUCGGCCCCCAGCCCAACAGCCCCAGAACCCUCGGGGGAUGUUGAGGUCCAGGAUCUUGAGGAGUUUGCACUGAGGCCGGCCCCCCAAGGUAUCACCAUCAAGUGCCGCAUCACGCGGGACAAGAAGGGGAUGGACCGGGGGAUGUACCCCACCUACUUCCUGCACCUGGACCGCGAGGAUGGGAAGAAGGUGUUCCUCUUGGCGGGAAGGAAGAGAAAGAAGAGUAAAACUUCCAAUUACCUCAUCUCUGUGGACCCAACAGACUUGUCUCGAGGAGGGGACAGCUACAUCGGGAAACUGCGGUCUAACCUCAUGGGCACUAAGUUCACCGUUUAUGACAAUGGAGUCAACCCUCAGAAGGCAUCAUCCUCUACUUUGGAAAGUGGAGCCUUGCGUCAGGAGUUGGCAGCCGUGUGCUAUGAGACAAACGUCUUAGGUUUCAAGGGGCCACGGAAGAUGAGUGUGAUUGUCCCAGGCAUGAACAUGGUUCAUGAGAGAGUCUCCAUCCGGCCCCGAAACGAGCAUGAGACGCUGCUAGCACGCUGGCAGAAUAAGAACACGGAGAGUAUCAUUGAGCUGCAAAACAAGACGCCUGUCUGGAAUGACGACACACAGUCCUACGUACUCAACUUCCAUGGGCGUGUCACACAGGCCUCUGUGAAGAACUUCCAGAUCAUCCAUGGCAAUGACCCGGACUACAUUGUGAUGCAGUUUGGCCGUGUAGCAGAGGAUGUGUUCACCAUGGAUUACAACUACCCACUGUGUGCGCUGCAGGCCUUCGCCAUCGCCCUGUCCAGCUUCGACAGCAAGCUGGCCUGCGAGUAGAGGGCCUCCUUGUGCCCGUUGGGGUUGCCCAGCCUGGAGUGGAGCUGCCUGCAGAGACAGCCCUGCCUACCCUCUGUACAUAGGCCUCCUGCCAGAUGAACCUUCUGUUCUCGGUGGCUCCCUGGCCCAGCCAGCUCAGACCGGCCUCCACUGCUGAGACAGAGGACUAGAUGGGGGAGGUGUGUGUGAAUGGACCAGAAUGAAUUCUUCCUGUGCCCCAAGGGCUGCACACACACACCCCCCCAACUCUUGGGUUAGUAUCCUGCUGCAAUCAUGUUUGCCAAGCUGGGUGGCCUCUUCAGCUGGAAGGUAGGAAGACGUGUAGAGGGAGAGGAAGCACAAUGCAGGGCUCCUGUGGCCCAGCCAUCCCCUCAGCCUAGGAGUCAGGGGACAACGGGUCCCCCAUUCGUGAAGGGCACAGUGUUUGUGUUGGGUACAUCAACUUUACACAGAAGGGCAAGGAUCGGCUACCAAGUCCUUUGCUAACUACAGAAAGUCCUCUGGCUUCAGGAGGCCUCAGCCAGGCUGGGAGGAGUUAUAGGGGUUUGGGAAAGGUGAGUGGCAGGACCUUGUCAGGACUGUAGGGGCCUGGCUGUGGGAGGUUUUCUCCAUGUGCACAGAGACAGGCAGUAGGAGGCUGGGCCUCCAGGCCAGAUGUCUUAGAGGAUGGGGCCUGUAGGACACAGGUCCACGUGCAAGAGGUACACGGAGAGGCUCCCUGGACUAGGGCUAUCUCGGGAGUCCUGUCAACUGCCGGAGGAGCUUUCUACUGAGCAGUUCCUGCACUAUCCCCAGUAAAUGUGGACGGGGACCAGCUUGUCAGCCUGAGUGCACACAGGUAGGCGGGCCUGGGACUCUAGUGGGCAGAGCACUACUCCUGAACCCUGGCAUGCUCCGGGAAGAAAUUCCAGCUCAGUGCUCUUGCCUGUGCUUCAGCUCCUCCUAUGGUCAGUCAAGGUGUGGCUCUUCCUGGGUGGGAGUGGGGCAGGGUGAAGAAAGCAGGGAGUAUUUUAGAACCACGAGAGCUCAGAGAUGGCAGGGCCUUUAGUGAUGAGCUAGUAGUACUUUAGGUGAAUCAUAACAGGAAUGGGACUUGCACUGGGUCACCUGGCUGGUUAGUGGCAAAGUUCAGCUCCCUUGAUUUCUUUGUUCCUACCGUCCCCCAAGAAACUGGUUCCUGGCCUUCCUGGGACCCAGUCUGCAUACCCUCACCCUUUUGUCUGGUUACAGAGACUGAAAGCUGGCUUUUUGGGUAUCACUCUGAGACUGGCUUGUGUUUGGCUCAGAGGGCAGGCCUUAGCAAGGCUGCUGCCCCUUUCUCUAUUCGGGUGUGAUGGGUGGGGUGUGAGUGUUCCAGGGCUGGGCCUGAUCUCCCCCCUCCAUCCUCCUCCUCUUGGGAUGGCACCAUCUACCCUGAAGACUUAGAAACGCUAAGCCAAGCCCUUACCUGUUUUGUCAUUUACCACCACCACCCCCCCUCCCCCGGCUACUCGCCCAGAUGGUGGUCAGAAGUCAAGGGGAAGCAAGGAGGAAUAGCUUCUCCCUUCAGAGUAGGUGUGCUUGGAAAGGUGGUGUAGAAAUUUUUUUUAAAUAAGUCCUAACUACUCUAGUGAGGUUCUGUAGUGAGGGGGAGUUGUUCUGACCUAAGUGGAAGGUACUGAGUUCUUAUUUCCUUCUAAUCUAGGAUUUCCUACAUUGAGUGCUCACAGCAAGGGACACCUGUUCUAGUGUGAAUAUGUGCGAGGCCCUUCCACUGGUCUAGUUUCCGGACCACUCUUGAGGGCACGAGACUUUUGUUUACCAGGGCUGAUCCACUUCUUGAUGAGGUACUGUGGGGCCCUCCUCCUUUCCAUAGUUCUAGUUUGGCUCUUCUCCUCACUUUGGGAAGAGACCUGCUGACAGUUGGGAUGAUGAAAACUAGACCUCCCAAGUCUGGGUCAAGCGGCGUCUCUGAUUUUAAAGUAGAAUGAGCUGUUUUAGAUCCUAGGGAGGGGGGAAUCCAGGUGGCCAUGUGGAAAAGGUAGAAGCCCAGGGGCAAAUGUGCAGGAGAGCAGGGUGGUUGGAUAGUCUGGUGGGGUCAGGAACUUGGUGUGGCCCGGGCCUGGGGAAAAAAGCUCUGGUGAGCAGUGGGUGAUGGGUGCUUGAGCUCCAGCCUCACAAGGUCUUUUCUUAAGGCCCCACUCCUGGUGACGCUGGGUUUCCCUGUCCACUGGCCUCUCCAUGGGCCCAAAGACUCAAAAAGCUGCCAGGGCCCCUGGAAACCAUCUGGGCUCAGCAUCUCCCACGGGAACAGCUCUUGCCCUUCAUACCCUCUACGCACCUGGUGACUGGAUGAUGAAAUGAGCAGGCCCCGAGGGUGGUGGGCAGCUGGGACCUUCGGCAGCUCCUCUGUACUGCUCCUGGGGCCACACCCCAAAACUCUACUCCCUCUUACCCCAAACAGCUCUUCUACAGAGCAGUGAUGUUCACUUCCCCACUCUUCUCCAAAUCUAGCUUUUCUUUCCUUCUGGCUCCAAGGUGCUCUGUGUCUGUCUGUGUGUGUCUGUGUCUCUGUGUGUAACUGGGGAAAAGGGCAAUCUGCAAAUCACCAACUGAGGUUUCUUACUACGAUUAUAGUUCUAAGGAUGAGUAGGAAAGGAAUAAGGAUGUUAUGAUCACCUGUGGAUUUUUUUUUUUUUUUUUUUCAUUUCACGCUCUUUGAUCAGAAAGUAGACCUGGGAAAGUAGCAGCUCCUUCUCCCAGGGGUUCUGACUGGGAGGAUACCAUCCAAGAAAUUUUAGUUUCAGUUCCAUUUUGCAUUACCUGAAGAAAUAUGCAUGCUUUUGGAUGAAUCUGAACAUACUCUAGUGAAUGUGCCUUAAAAAUCACGACACUAGUUUAGGAGGAGCAGGUAAGGUCCAGACUCAUGCUGAGGACAGGCACUGGAAGCGAGCAAGUGUAAUAAUCACAAGCUAGAAGAGGACCUUCGGAGCCUGCAUCCUUCAGUGACAAAAAAGGGCAGCAAAAUUAUAGAAGCAGAAGCUUGUCUUGGGUCUGGAAAUACUUACAGAUAAAUGCUCUGCCAGUUUACAUUUAGAGGCAGUUCUAAAUUUAAUAAGCAGCAGUGAGGACUUCAAACCUAGUAAGUACAUGCUUCCUCACAGUGGGGUCUGCAGUGAGCCAUGACCAUGGCUCUGUUAUGCAAGCACAAAUGACAUUUCCUAUCUGGAGUCCCUGCUUUUCCCUUACUGUGCUAACACUGGCCUUCCCUUUCUAGAAUUCUUUGCUAAGCUAUACCUGUGACCUCAGGAUACCAGGUGGCCCUCAGAGCACACUUUUCCAGAUAGCUUAAGGAGUCUGCGAUCUCGUGCCCAGCACUGAACUAUAGCAGCCCCCAGGAACAGGCCAAGGGAUGGGCUCUUGUUUUGAGUUUACUGGUUACCUGUCCUUCUGUACCUCCAGUUUGCAAUUCUGUCAUCUCAGGAUUAGGGGGAGGGAGAAGCAAUACCCCAGAAGUACUGGGGAUAGGUUUAAUUUUCUGACCAAGUUGAGAGGCAAGUUGGUCUUAUAGAGAGCACUAUUGCACUUAGUAGCUAGGUGAUUCUGAGCAAAGCACGUUUUUCUAGGUGGUUUUCUCGUCUACAGCUGAGGAGGUUGGACUGUCCAAGCCUUCAGUAAGAGGGUGAAUUAAAGUUGAUCCCUGCUUUCAUCACUACCUUUUCUGGCUCAUCACUGUGCCUUUUUUCUUUCCUAAGAAACAUGUCACACCCCUUUCUUCUCUUCUGUUUUCCUGUCCCUCUCCUUUUCCCCCCAUCAAGGUCCAGGCAGAGCUAUAGAUAAGGCCAAGAUCCAGAGUUUCCUAGAGAGUAAUUCUGAGGGGCUUAGAAAGGGAAGCCCGACUCUGGCCUCAUGAAGGCCAGAGUUACAAAGAGGACUUGGUCAGGAUGGGUGGCACUUCUCUUGCUGGGAAUAUACAUUUAGCCAGUUUUCAUAAUGCCUAGAAUGUGUAUGUCUGUUUGCACAAGAUUGUCUUUUCCUAUUCUGGAGUGGUCAGACAUUUUUGUUCAAAAUUAUCUGGAGUUUUAGACAAACUUGCAAAACUGUGCUUUUAUUAAGUGACUUUUUGAAUAAACUCUUUGGUAUUCUUGAGCAAAUGUAUUUAUUUACUGGUAUGUGCAAUGACAAAGUUGGUAUUUUCCCAUGUUGACAUUAUAUAUGUUGUAGAACUUAGUGUUUGUCUAAGUACAGACCAUAUAUCAACAAAUUAAACUUGAACUGUUUCAACAUGA